AUCGUCAGCGCUGGCUAAUGACGUAAUAAACCCUCGACAGUCGCAGCGGAGUCGCUUGUUUACAUGUCCGACCGUAGCUCCAAUGAAGAGCCGUUUUCUAGUUAAAUGUGUGUGAGUGUAGCUGUCGGCAGCUGUACCGUCCAGCUGUGAGAUGGAUUUCUGCAGGAAACAGGUGAAGUCAGACUGUGAGGAGCUGCUGAGCCGCUUCCAGACGACCGAGUCUGUCCGCUUCCAGCAGUUCUCCGACAUCUGGAGAGAAAUGAAGUUCGAACACAUAUUCUACGGCACUAUGAAGCAUGAGAAGCGAACGUUCAGUCGUCUGGUUCUGGACACGGCCUACAGGUACUUCCUGCCUCCGUUCAGCUUCCAGAUCAGAGUCGGAGGACUUUAUCUGCUGUACAGCCUGUUUCACUGCCAGACCGCGUCGCCCUCGGAGCAGAUCCGUCUGUCGCUGAAGGACUGGGAGGACGUGAAGAAGUUUGAGAAGGACGCUGUGAACGCUCAGCACUUUGACGUCACCUUCAUCCUCCGACAGAUGAUGUUCCACAAAGCGUUCCACUUCACCGCCAUGCCCACUCUGCUUGCGUUUAAGAAGAAGAGGAAGAUCGAGGGGUCGCCGUUGUGUGAGGAGUUCAUGGAGCGAACGUCUCGUCCGCAGGAGCUGAUCAACACGGAGCUGCUGGAGGAACUGUCCAACGUUCACGAUCUCUACGAGAAGAUGAAGGUUUCUGUCGCUUCAUCGUCAGAACAGGCGCCUUCAUCUGUCAACCUGAUCAGGAAAGACCUCGUCCCUCAGCUACGCGGCACCGUGGUGGAUUUCUACAAGUGGCAGCAGAAGAAGGAUGAGACCGAUGACGAUGAAGACAGCGGCGAGGGAACAUCUUCUCAGCAGGAGUGCUCCAGAAGAGCCGAGCUCGUCGCCUCCAUCAAGUCGAAGGCGUACGGAAACGCGGCAGAGGCCUCCAAAUCCCGGCGUCAUCGUCAGGUCGAGGUGGAUUUCACCAGCAGCGAGGCCGGUCCCGCGCUCACGUCAAGUCACUCCAGGACGAGCAAACCGUCACUCAAAGCCAGAACCAAUGAAAGUGUGUUCAUCACAGGUGACCUGUGGAAAGAAGCCAUGACGUCCACUCAGAUCAACUGUCUCACCACACUGGACUCUGUUCCUGAAGAAAAACCGAAACAGUACAAAAGAUUCAAGUGGUGAUGAAGACGACGCAGCAGUCGACCUUCAUCAUGACUGGAGCUGCUGCACAGCGUUCACUGAAGUUUGUUUUAAAAUGCUGUUUUUUGAUGAUCUUUUAUGUUUUUAUGUUGUAACAUAGAAAAUGUGAAUGUUUUUACAUUUUAAAGUGUUUUCAUUUAUUUUUUUAAUGAGUUGAACAUCAUAAUAGAUGGAAUUGAGACAUAGAAACUAGGCUGUUGAAGAAUAAUAUUCAUCCAUCAAUUGCGCACAUUGUACAAUAUAUAACUGAUCAACAACAAGAAGGAUCACACACACACACACACACACGUCAGCCUCGGUGGCGUUAACGGCUUUAAUGGACAGUUUAAAACCGUUGGUGCCUGCUGAGGGGAGGCGCUGAUACUCGAGUUCAGAUGAUUUUUUUUUGCGCCUGUCUGAUUAUGGUUUGUUGAAAAAUGGUUUAUCAGGGAACAAACUUUUCUUUUCCUUUUCUGAAAUGUUAAAACUGGAUUCUGUGCUGCAGCUCGGCCUUCAUUUUUGUCUCCAGUGUUUAAAUAUUUUAUCAAGUUUCUGUCUGUUUUAUAUAUAAAAAAAACGCUUUUCUUACAAAAGUUA